AUGGCGAUAACACCAGCAACCACAAAGCGCCGAGUCAGACACUCCCUUCCCGCGGUCCUGAUGCGAGCCGGCACGUCCAAAGGCCUCUUCAUCCAUCGAUCUCACCUGCCUUCAUCUGAAGCAGAAUGGGCUACACCUCUCCUCGCAGCCAUGGGUUCCAGAUACAACGAUGCCCGCCAAAUCGACGGUGUCGGAGGCGGAAGCAGCGUGACCUCCAAGGUCGCCGUCGUCUCGCCAUCAAGUAGACCAGGCGUGGAUGUCGAUUACACCUUUGUACAAGUGGCCGUCGGAAGCGAGACUGUUGAUCUUAGUGGAAACUGCGGCAAUAUCUGCUCAGGGGUUGGUCCCUUUGCAGUGCAAGAGAGAUUGGUCACCCCGAUGCCCGGUUCUCGGGUAGUCGACGUGCGGAUAUUCAACACCAACACGUCAAAACUCAUUGUGGAGACAGUCUACGUUGAUGAAGACGGAAACGCAGAGGAGGACGGAGAUUGUCUCAUCCCGGGAGUCAAGGGGCCCGGCAGCGAGAUCAAGGUUUCUUUCGUCGAGCCGGUGGGUAGCAUGACUGACAAGCUAUUUCCCAGCGGACAGCGGUCCGAACAGAUCCUCGUGGAAGGAGUGACUUCUCUUGGCGACUUUGGGGUAGAUGUGACUUUGAUCGACUCUGCGAAUCCCUUCGUUCUCGUUGAUGCUGCGAGUCUGCCUGUGGAAGUCAAGAGGCAGCCUCCAGACUCUCCCCUGUCCAUCGAAGUUGCCGAGGUCAUACGGAGGCAAGGCGCUGUACAGAUGGGGCUUGCCAGCACCUUCGAGGCUGCUGGUCUGGUUAGAGGGACUCCAAAGCUCGCGUAUGUUUCGCCGCCAGUCGGUAAUGAGAGAGAUUCGUCGGAUAUCCGAGUACAGGCUUACAGCAUGGGCAAGCCUCAUCCGAGUUUGCAACUGACGGGCGGCGUCACUCUGGCGUAUGCCGCGAUUACGGAGGGGACCGUGGCGCACCGUGUUGCUAAUCGGGAUUCGGGUCUGGAGGGCAUGCCAACGCCCAGAAGAACGCCGACCCCUGCUCAAGAAAUUCAACGCACCAUUCGAGUACAGCACGGCAGUGGAAUCAUGGAGGUACAGGUUUGGGCUCACGAGGAAGGAGAGGGGCUUUCGGUCGAUCGAUGUAUAGUGACGAGGACUGCACGGAGGUUGAUGGAAGGGAAUGUGUUUUACUAUUCCUGA